GGGACAGAGAGAGACCCGAAAUGGGCGCUGGAAGAGCCAAAAAAUCGCGUACAAAAUUAGUGCCAUACAUUCAUUCGCUUCCCCCACUCUCCACUCUCCACUCUCCACUCUCCACUCUCCACCAGCGCUACACUCAACUCUCCUCCCACCACCCACGGACGCCGCCCACGCCCACAAUGGGCUGUACAGCCUCAAAGCUCGACCAGGAAGACACUGUCCGACGGUGCAAGGACCGCCGCCGUCUCAUGAAACACGCCGUCCGUUCUCGCCACCAUUUGGCCGCCGCACAUGCUGACUACUGCCGCUCUCUUCGCCUCACCGGUUCCGCCCUCUGUGCCUUUGCCGCUGGCCAACCUCUCUCCGUCUCCGACCAAACCCCCUCUGUCUUUAUUCACAACGCCCAAAACCCUCCCCAGCCACAUACGCCGCCACCGUUGCCGCCUAGGCGAGCAGUUUUUGGUACGAAUUCCGUCCCGCCAAGUGUUCCGUCGCCGUCGCCUUCUGUCCAUCCUCCUCCGGCGCCGCCGUCGUUUUCUACAUCUCCGUCGCACACCAUAGCGAGCUCCAAGCUUCCGCGUAUUCUCUCAGCGUCGAGUAUUUCGUCUUCCGUUCCGCACCGGCAACAUCGCCGCCGUAAACAGACGCCGAAGCUCCCUCAUAUUCUCUCGGAAUCGGAUCCUUCGUCCUCUCCACGGAGUGAGAAAUCUAGCUUUUCUGCUUCGUUUUCCACUGCUUAUCCUAAUUCCACUUACUCCACUACUCCUUCUCAAGCUUCCUCUGUCUGGAACUGGGAUAAUUUCCGUCCUCCAUCUCCUCCUUCCUCUGAAUUCUUCCAGAGUCGAUCUCAAAAUCAGAUGCCACCGAAGCCUCAUCCAAACAACCACUACCAUGAUUACGAUGACGAAACUGAACAAUCGGAUUACAUCUUCUUUAACAGGAAAUCGGAGAGCAAAAAGGACGACGGUCAUCAAUUCCAGCAACAGAAGCACCAUCUCGACGACACAGAAACAGAAAGAGAAGAAGUUCAAUGCAGCGAUUGGGGAGAUCACUACAGCACAACGAGCUCAUCAGACAUCGAUGAGAUAGACUGUACAGACGCCGAUUUGAGAUCAGAGACUGACACUCAAUCGAAUUUCGAUUCCUCGAUCCGAACGGAGUCAGUAGCGCCCGAGCCUGUUACUCCUCCUCCACCAGCCAACUACGCGACGCGGAUGGAGAAAUCCGAUGACGCAGGUUCCUUCGCUGGAAGCUACCGGACCGGUGAGCUCUCGGACCUGAGAAUUGUUGUGAGGCACAAAGAUUUGAAGGAAAUUGUGGAUUCUCUCAAAGAAAACUUCGAGAAGGCGGCUGCUGCAGGAGAUCCAGUAUCGAAGAUGCUAGAAAUUGGUAAAGCAGAAUUGGAUAAGAGCUUUCGACAGCUAAAAAAGACGGUGUACCAUUCGAGCAGCGUGUUGAGCACCUUGAGCUCGACCUGGACCUCGAAACCGCCAUUGUCGGUCAAGUACCGACUCGACACCGGUUCGCUCGAUCAAUCGGGCGGUUCAAAGAGCCUCUGCACGACAUUGGACCGGCUUUUGGCUUGGGAGAAGAAGCUUUACCAGGAAGUAAAGGCUAGAGAAGGUGUAAAAAUUGAACACGAAAAGAAGUUGUCCUCAUUGCAGAGUCAGGAGUACAAGGGCGAGGACGAAAGCAAGCUCGAUAAGACGAAGGCAGCUAUAACUAGACUGCAGUCGUUGAUUAUUGUCACGUCUCAGGCUGUCAAUACAACUUCUACUGCCAUCGUUGGUCUAAGAGAUUCAGAUCUUAUUCCUCAGCUUGUUGAACUAUGCCAUGGGCUUAUGUACAUGUGGAGAUCAAUGCACCAAUACCAUGACAUCCAGAACAACAUUGUGCAACAGGUUCAAGGCCUUGUUAACCAAACAACUCAUGGUGACUCGACUUCUGAAUUGCACCGCCAGGCGACUCGUGAUCUCGAGUCCAUGGUCACAGCUUGGCACUCGAGCUUCUGUCGUUUGAUUAAGUUCCAACGUGAAUUUAUCCAAUCCCUCCAUGGCUGGCUUAAACUCUCCUUUCUUCCAGUCAACAACGACAAGUUACCUGACAACAAAGAACCUUCUGAGAUAUUUUGUGAUCAGUGGAAGCUUGCUCUAGAUCGAGUCCCUGACACGGUUGCUUCCGUGGCAAUCAAAAGUUUCAUCACUGUUGUUCAAGGCAUAUCCGAAAAACAGACCGAAGAGAUGAAGAUUAAGAAACGGACCGAAUCGACAUCGAAGGAGUUUGAGAAAAAAUCAGCAUCAAUCAUGAACUUAGAGAAGAAGUUUUACAACUCAUACUCCAUGGUUGGCAUAGGACUUCCAGACACAGGGACUGACAAUGGGCAUAUAUUAGAUGCUCGGGAUCCUUUAGCGGAGAAAAAACUCGAGCUCGUCGCUUGCCAAAGACGGGUUGAAGAAGAGAAGAUAAAGCAUUCCAAAGCAGUAGAAAUGACGAGAGCAGUGACACUUAACAAUCUCCAAACUGGAUUGCCUGGGGUGUUCCAGGCCUUGACCAGCUUCUCGGCGUUGUUCAUGGAGGCGCUCGAGUCUGUUUGUACUCACUCUUACUCUAUCAAAUAGGCACACUACUUUCCCCCUUGUGGUCUUUCUUUUUUUUGUUGCAGAAAGAACGGAGGAGUUGGAAGAAGGCUCUGAUAUUAUCAUUAUUGGUAAGUAAGUAAUAGAAUUUGGGUAAUUUUAUUAAUCUGUAAAUAUCAUGAAUUUUCGUACUCUGAUCCUUUUCCCAUUUCCUGUGGUUUGUUGGGGUUAAACAAAAGGUUUGUAUGUAUAGGAAAUUGGUUUGAUUGUUGUAUCAGAUUCACAUUUUCAGCCAAAUUAAUAAAUAUAAAGCAUCUUGCUUUGCUCCCCA